CGGCGCAGGCAUGGCCAACAGAACCAACACCUCUGCCCCAUACUACAGCUACGAAUACUACCUGGACUACUUGGACCUCAUGCCCGUGGAUGAGAAGAAGCUAAGCGCCAACAAACACUCGAUCGCCAUCGCCUUCUGGGUGAGCCUGGCAGCUUUCGUGGUUUUUCUCUUCCUCAUCCUUCUCUACAUGUCCUGGUCAGGCUCUCCACAGACGAGGAACGCCACCCAGCAGCCCCCAACGUGUCCCUGGAGUCUUGGCCUCAACCUCCCGCUCUACGUCUGGAGGCAACCCCAGCACCCCAGGGCCCCCCCGGGGGACCCUGCAGCCUCCACCGAGCUCGGUCGAGGAACCGGACGCCGGAGCAUCCCGGCCUGUCCAGUGGCUGCAACGAGAGAGACCCUCCACCUCGGCGCCCAGGACCACCCUGCUCUCCUCUGGGAACUGGCCCUCAGUGGGGACCUACAGGGCACCAGCUGACGUCAGCAACAUGCCCAGUGAGCCUCCCCUGUAGACAGAACCUCUCGAUGGGAAGCCAACACCCCAUUCCCAUGUGCCCUCUGAAAGCCUGUUUAUGUAGCGGGACAGGCAAGUGGGUCAAGAAUGGCUCCACCAGGGGGCACGUGUAAGCAUUUAUCCUGGGCUGGCAGCCAGGCCCAGCCAACCGAGGGAAAUAGGCACAAAUACUGCUCCUUUUUACUUAGUGCACUCACCACUUAUGUUUGCGUUGAGGACAGAAAAAUAAAAUACAUAUGAAUGAAAAUGAAAAUAUAUUCACUAAUCUUUACUAUGUCACCUUUUAGUUUCAGCUACUACUUCUGCAAGAUUCUUUUUA